GAGGCCAGGGAUUGUCCCCGGCUAAGGAAAGAGGUCUGUUGGCAUUGACCCGCCCCUCCAUUCGGGCUACCUGGGUCGAGCUGCUGAGGAGAUGGGGGCCUCGGUCCUCCUCCCCCGCAGGGGUGCUUCCUCUAGAGGGGGGCCAGGGAAGCGAGGGCGUCCCCUUCCCUCUCCGGCGCGGGGGCGGGGGCGGAGCCUAGCGCACCGCUCCCCCCAGGGCUGCAGGGGACCCCCCCAGGGGAGGGCCUCCGGGUGAACGCUGCGGGGCGUCUCCCUCUCAGUCCCGCCCGCCCCUCCGGCCGCCCCUGCUGCCGCGCGCCGCAGCAGCGCCGCCUUCCUUGCGCAGUCGGUGUCUCCGCGUCGCUGGACCCAGGUGGGACUUGGCUCAGUGGCCAUGGGCAAGCAGAACAGCAAGCUGCGGCCCGAGAUGUUGCAGGACCUGCGGGAGAACACAGAGUUCUCAGAGCUGGAGCUGCAGGAGUGGUACAAAGGCUUCCUCAAGGACUGCCCCACAGGCAUCCUCAACGUGGACGAGUUUAAGAAGAUCUACGCCAACUUCUUCCCCUACGGUGAUGCCUCCAAGUUCGCUGAGCAUGUCUUCCGCACCUUUGACACCAACAGUGAUGGCACCAUUGACUUCCGGGAGUUCAUUAUUGCACUGAGUGUGACCUCUCGAGGUCGCCUGGAGCAGAAGCUCAUGUGGGCCUUCAGCAUGUAUGACCUGGACGGCAACGGCUACAUCAGCCGGGAGGAGAUGCUGGAGAUCGUGCAGGCUAUUUACAAGAUGGUUUCGUCCGUGAUGAAGAUGCCGGAGGAUGAGUCGACCCCAGAAAAGAGGACCGAGAAAAUCUUCCGCCAAAUGGACACAAACAACGACGGCAAGCUGUCUCUGGAGGAGUUCAUCCGCGGGGCCAAAAGCGACCCGUCCAUCGUGCGCCUGCUGCAGUGCGACCCCAGCAGCGCCUCUCAAUUCUGAGCGAGAGGAUCCAAGUCCCCCCUCCUCCCUUGCCUUUACCGGCCCCCUCCCGCUCUCAGCUUCCUCUCCCUUGCCUCCUAUCCAGGCUAGGGGCCAGACUCGGGGACCCCAAACCCCAGGACUGCACUUUGGGGAGGCCUCUGGAGAGAACUUUGCAGUCUCCCCAGGCCCAGGCAAGCAAGCGAUUAGUCCGCCCCAAUCCAAGAGGCAAUGAUAGAGAGACACAGGCUAUCUUGGUCUGCCCCACAGUCAGCCUAAGCCCUCCCUUACCUACUUAGACCAGGGAACUCAGCCAUCUCUCUCCCAUCCUCGUCAACAGGGCAGACCCUCCUGCAACCAAAACGGAGAGGCAUGCACCCUCACGCAGGUCUCAGUCUGGCUGGAGGGGGUAGUCAUGCCCAGGGGAGGACUUUUAUUUUCUUUUUAUUUGGUGGGGAGAGAAUAAUUCCAGGGGUGUGGGGGUUUGAGGAAGAAGCUUCCUUGAGCCAUCUUUUCCUGCAGUUGGGCCUGACCCAGCCUACCCCAUGUUUUGCUGGUCCUCAGGCCAUGAUGCAAAGGAAAACCUCCCAGGAUUCUAGCCUGCCAGAUGUGGGUCCCCUGAAGCCCUGCCUGCCUUUUAGCUCUUGGAUGAACACAGCCAGCCACAUACAGACCCACCAACCCCUCUGUGUUUUGCUUCUCUUGUACAUAC